GACGUAAGCUCCGGUUGCCGUGCUGAGUCGGAAGUGGGAACCUUUCGGCCACUGAGACUUUGUCGUGUCGUCGCUGCUGGCCCUGUAGGCUCUGCCACUCCCCCUAGGUCUGGAUGGAGGAUACCUUAAAGUGAAAUGACAGACCAGGAGAAUAACAACAACAUCUCAAGUAACCCCUUUGCUGCUCUUUUUGGCUCCCUGGCUGAUGCCAAGCAGUUUGCAGCAAUCCAAAAAGAGCAGCUGAAGCAACAAUCUGAUGAACUUCCAGCUAGCCCAGAUGACUCGGAUAACAGUGUAUCAGAGAGCCUGGAUGAAUUUGAUUACUCUGUGGCUGAAAUUAGCCGCUCAUUCCGGUCGCAGCAGGAAAUAUGUGAGCAACUCAACAUCAAUCACAUGAUCCAAAGGAUCUUCCUCAUUACUCUGGAUAACAGUGAUCCAAGCUUGAAAAGUGGGAAUGGCAUCCCCAGCCGAUGUGUAUAUUUGGAAGAAAUGGCAGUAGAGCUGGAAGAUCAAGAUUGGCUUGAUAUGAACAAUGUUGAGCAGGCCCUCUUCGCUCGCUUAUUACUUCAAGAUCCAGGCAAUCACUUGAUUAACAUGACCUCUUCUACAACGUUAAAUCUCUCUGCUGAUCGAGAUGCAGGGGAGAGGCACAUUUUUUGCUACCUUUACUCCUGCUUCCAAAGAGCCAAGGAAGAGAUUACCAAAGUUCCAGAGAACCUGCUACCCUUUGCAGUGCAGUGUAGGAAUCUCACUGUAUCCAAUACCCGAACAGUUCUCCUCACCCCAGAGAUCUACGUUGACCAAAACAUCCAUGAGCAGCUGGUAGAUUUGAUGCUGGAAGCUAUUCAAGGAGCCCAUUUUGAAGAUGUAACUGAGUUUCUGGAAGAGGUCAUUGAAGCCUUGAUAUUAGAUGAGGAAGUUCGAACAUUUCCGGAAGUCAUGAUUCCAGUGUUUGAUAUUUUAUUGGGCCGAAUAAAAGAUCUAGAGCUCUGCCAGAUCCUGUUGUAUGCAUAUCUGGAUAUUCUUCUUUAUUUCACUAGGCAAAAGGAUUUGGCAAAGGUUUUUGUAGAAUAUAUUCAGCCCAAGGACCCUAGCAAUGGGCAGAUGUACCAGAAGACCUUGCUGGGAGUAAUUCUGAAUAUCUCUUGCUUAUUAAAGACUCCAGGUGUUGUAGAAAAUCAUGGCUACUUCCUGAAUCCAUCUCGUUCCAGUCCCCAGGAGAUCAAAGUACAAGAGGCCAACAUCCAUCAGGUGGAACUGUUUACCAGGAGUUUGGACAAAGAAACCUGUUUGAUCCCAGCUGUGCAGGAGCCGAAGUUUCCCCAAAACUACAACCUUGUAACAGAGAACCUUGCCCUGACCGAGUACACUUUGUACUUGGGAUUUCACAGGUUGCAUGAUCAGAUGGUAAAGAUCAACCAAAAUCUGCAUCGGCUGCAGGUUGCCUGGCGGGACGCUCAGCAAAGCUCUAGCCCUGCUGCUGACAAUCUCCGCGAGCAGUUUGAACGACUGAUGACCAUCUAUCUUUCUACCAAGACUGCCAUGACUGAGCCACAGAUGCUACAAAACUGCCUAAAUUUGCAGGUGUCCAUGGCUGUACUGCUGGUUCAAUUGGCCAUAGGCAAUGAGGGCUCACAGCCAAUAGAGCUAACUUUUCCUUUGCCAGAUGGCUACAGUUCUUUGGCUUAUGUGCCAGAAUUUUUUGCAGAUAACCUGGGUGAUUUCCUCAUUUUUCUACGCCGAUUUGCCGAUGACAUCUUGGAGACAUCAGCAGAUUCCCUGGAGCAUGUCCUUCACUUUAUUACCAUUUUCACUGGAAGCGUAGAAAGAAUGAAGAAUCCCCACCUAAGGGCCAAACUAGCUGAAGUGUUAGAAGCAGUGAUGCCCCACAUGGAUCAGACUCCAAAUCCCUUAGUAUCCAGUGUUUUCCAUCGGAAGCGUGUGUUCUGCAAUUUUCCAUAUGCACCCCAACUUGCAGAAGCUCUCAUCAAGGUUUUUGUGGACAUUGAGUUUACAGGAGACCCCCAUCAGUUUGAACAGAAGUUUAAUUACCGCCGUCCCAUGUAUCCCAUCCUAAGAUACAUGUGGGGGACAGAUACCUAUCGGGAGAGCAUUAAGGAUUUGGCUGACUUUGCCUCUAAGAAUCUAGAAGCCAUGAAUCCUCCACUUUUCCUCCGCUUUCUUAACCUGCUAAUGAAUGAUGCCAUCUUCCUUUUGGAUGAAGCCAUACAGUAUUUGAGCAAGAUAAAGAUUCAGCAGAUUGAGAAGGACCGAGGUGAAUGGGAUAGUCUGACUCCAGAAGCCCGCCGAGAGAAGGAGGCUGGCCUACAGAUGUUUGGACAGCUGGCACGUUUCCAUAACAUCAUGUCCAACGAAACAAUUGGUACCCUUGCCUUUCUAACAUCAGACAUCAGAUCACUCUUUGUGCAUCCCUUCCUGGCUGAGCGCAUCAUUUCCAUGCUGAACUACUUCCUGCAGCACUUGGUUGGCCCCAAGAUGGGGGCCUUAAAAGUCAAAGACUUCAGCGAAUUUGACUUCAAACCUCAGCAGCUUGUAUCAGAUAUCUGCACUAUCUACUUAAAUCUUGGGGAUGAGGAGAAUUUCUGUGCUGCUGUGCCCAAGGAUGGACGUUCCUAUUCCCCAACUCUCUUUGCACAGACAGUUCGAGUCCUGAAGAAAAUAAAUAAGCCUGGGAAUAUGAUUCUGGCUUUCAAUAACUUAGCAGAGAAAAUCAAGUCUCUUGCAGACCUCCAACAACAGGAAGAGGAGACCUAUGCAGAUGCCUGUGAUGAAUUCCUGGAUCCCAUCAUGAGCACACUGAUGUGUGACCCUGUGGUGCUGCCAUCUUCCAGAGUCACUGUGGAUAGAUCCACUAUUGCCAGACAUUUGCUCAGUGACCAAACAGAUCCCUUUAAUCGUAGUCCCCUCACCAUGGACCAGAUCCGGCCAAACACAGAACUAAAAGAAAAAAUCCAGCGAUGGCUCGCAGAGAGGAAGCAACAACAAAAGGAGCAACUUGAAUAAAUGCUGUGAACUAAACAAACCAAAAACCAACCCCAGAGUGUAGAUAAACAAUUGUUUAUGGUUUCUCUUUCUGAUUCUCUUCCCCCUUUUUUUUUCCUUUACCAAAUUAAAGAACUGCUCUUGUUCAAAUUAUGAUAAUUAAUAUUCCUAAGAACUUGACAAUGUUUCCCUGGCUUAUAGGAAAUUGUACUUAUUAUAGCAUCACCAAGUUUAGAAAUCAUCACUAAUUUUCACCCUUUGUUUUCUCUUCCUAUUCUUCCUUUUCCUACCUUAAAUUAUAUUGACUUCAACUACUAAAAUUUCCUGCCACCUUACUAUUUCUCUUCCAAGUACUGCUCAAACAUUUUUGGUGAGCACAGCUUUUAAGUAUACAAUGUCAAAUAUUUCAGUGACAGCUGAUAUCGUCAGAAAAUCCUGUGUAUCCUAUGUAUUUACUAGUCCUCAUGAUCUGAACUUAAGCCCUUUUCCUUAUUACAGUUCUGUAAUGUUAGAGAAUAACUUUUCCCAUAAAAACAGGUACCUUGAAGUUUGUGUAUACUUUUGAAUAAGGUAAUAGGUGAGUUGUUUGUUUUGUUUUGUUUUGUUUUAAGGAAUCUUGUGCAGCUUAUGUUGGUAACUCUUAAUUUUGUGUUAUCUUGUAACUCAGAGACACCAUCUCAGACAAACACUCUCUCAUGGGGUUGCCACCACCAAAAAUUUAGCUCUGCAGUCUUUUUAUGAGGAUUGGUAGGGCAAACUUACCAUUCUGACACUUCAGUCAAAAAAAUUCUGGGGUGAGGAGGCUGUUGGGCCCCUUUUCUCUUAGGAAAAUCUGUUGCUACAAGGACUAAGCCUGAGUAGAAGAUUUCAGCAACAAAUAUUGUAACCAUGAAAAAUGUAAUUUUAAGACACUAAUAUCAAUAGUAUAUCUCGGUGUGUGAGAUAUAUAUACACACACCAUGUGUUUUUUUAUAUUGGUCUAGUGUAAACUGAGUACCACUUUAUAGUGUCUCUUCCACAGUAAGAGGUAUGCAGUGUGUGGCCAUGUUUAUUAACAUACUUACUCUGAGACUAUAAAAUGUAUAUAGUUAAUAUUUGUUUGGGCUUGUGACUUGACUUCUAAGAGCUGCUUCUAACACAGCCUUAGGUCAUCAAUUAACAAAGUAGGAAUUUGAGCACAAACUUGUCCACAAGCCAUUUUAAAUAUCCACUUAACCGUGUGUAGUCAAUAGGUGGAUGGACCCCACUUUCACAAGUUAAGCUUGAGCUCCCUACUCAAUUGUGCAGCUUAACAUGCUGAGUGAGGCACAUUCCCCUAUGGAUUGCCUUUAUAUCACUAUCCAUCUAAGCCCAGAGAUAUAAGUGACAAGUGACAUGAUCUAGAAACAGGGGUCAUUGCUUUCUUUGGAGGACACUUGUUAAUCAUGGCCUCUUUCAAAUAAGAUGGUAGUUUCAUGAUAUUCCAACACAAGUUGCUAUAAGCAGUCCUUGAUAUGUUUUUGGUGGUAUCAGCUAGAAACCUCAAAUCCAAGAGGGCUUCCCACCCUAGAUAUAAAAGUAGGUAUUGCCUAUUUCUGUGCUUAUAAAUGAAAAAGGAAGUCUAGAACACUUAUGCAAAUGCCAGAAUGUAAGAUUAAUUCAGUGUGCUCCCUGGGCCUUUAAGGCAUGGGUUGACAGAAUUUGUUUUCUUAAAGAGUUUCAUUUCAUAUUUAUUACCCUUCUUUCCCUGAGAAUGAACUGUGUAUAAAGUAAGCUUCUCCCUGCUUGUAUUUAUCUUCCAAACCCAAUCUAGUAGGAUGUUUUCGUUUUAAAAAGAAGGGGGAGAAAGACCAGAGUUUUGCAGGAGAUAAUUGGAAGAAAAUGGGCACAAAACCUCAGAAGGCAGCUGUUCCCAGCGGCUUUCUAGUUAACAACCUCUGUGCUUCCUCUAGGGUCUGUCUGUAUUGUACUUUCGUAUUUCGCCUUCAGAUUGUAAGCCUUUCCCGUCAAGGUUUCCUUUUCUUAUUUUUUUUUUUAAAGCUCUUUCCUGAAAGUUUUUAUGAAUGGCUAUGGCACCAUUAAUGCUGCUGAAUAUCUUUAAACUCUUCACAAAGGCAAAUGCAUAGCUUAAGGCCACUAUUGGUAAGGAAACCAAGUGUCCUCUGUGCCUUUUUUCUUUCUGUGAAGUAAGUUAAGGACAUCCAAAAAAUGAGACUUUAAAAAGUUAUCAUCUUGGUACAACAUGGUGUAUAUAUGCACUUGGAAGCUUAAAAAGGUGUUUUUGUCUGGAAUUCAGAAGCAGCUCUAAAUCUUAGAGCACACCUUCUAACAUACCUAGUUUUAUGUGUUGGCUUUGCUGGAGUACAAUAGGAAAAUGAAGACUCUUUUAUCAGCUCUGGUAUUGUUCAUAACUUACCAAGAAGCCAAUACUAGGAAAAUUAUUUAGGUAGAUUUUAUCAAGCGUUUUAAUGAAUAUGUGAAAACUGAAGGAAACUUCAAAGGUUUUUUAAUGGUGCAGGUCAAGGUGCCAGUUGCUAUUUGGUAUCACACUCUACAAAAGCUUCAUUGCUUUAUUUGAUGCUGGUUGCUAAGCAGCCAUUGCACACAGCAUAAGUCUACUGGGUGCCUUUACAAGCCAGAGACUGACGCUGCACUGUUGAUGUCACGUGAGGAAAAUAAUGCACAUGCUCUAACUGCUAAACAGGAAAAGGACCUAGAAGCAAAGAAAAUGAAGAACAAAACAACAAAAAGGUUGACUGAAAUAAACCUUGAUCAACAUAACUGUAUUUGGGAACAUUCCAAGAAGGUUACUUCUUGUCAAAUUUGCCUGCAGGUGUUUGUUCAAAACUUGUAUUUAAUAAAUGAACACCUGACUUAA